UCUAGAUGCUAGUAUUACUAGUAGAAUAAGAAUUGCUAUCUCGAGUAUUAAUAAUUAAUACUAUUAUAAAAAAAAUGGACAUGUCGUUACAUGUUCUCACCCAACUUAAGAAAAAAUGAAGCUAUUAACAAACUGUUGUUCCUGAAAUGACCAUCUAAUUUUUUUUUCGCCUUUGAAUAGGACACAGCAUAAUAUGAGGCCUGCUCGUCAACUGAAAGUGAUAACAUCACAGCUGGAAGUUUUGGAAGACAUGAAAAUUCAAUUUGAAAAUCUACUUGCUACUAUCAAUAAUAUAUUGCAGAAAGGAUUCAAAUGGAUAGACGAUGAGAGCAAUGAACUAAGUUUCAUGGAAUUGAAUCAAUUACUUACUAAUGGAACUUCAGAAUGUUUAACCAAAUGUCUAAUUAUUGCAAAUGGAAGUGAUGAAUCAGGUCAAAAUCUUACAAAACAAACAGAAAGUGAAGAGCCAGUGUUAUUAUUAUCAACUUCAUGCUCAAGUUCCCAUACUAAAGAGGAUAGAGAUUUUCAUAAACUCAAGGAAGAAAUAUCUGAAAUAGAAAAGUCACAUUUAAAAAAAUUUAAGAUAGUAAAUCAAAAGUUGGCAAGCAUUGAAAAAGAAACAACAGACACAGUCUUAAAGGAUAUAGACACAAGAAACAAUUUGAAAUUUGAAGAGAUUAUGAAAGAGCUUCAUUCUGCCAGUGACUUUAUGUCACAUCUACAAUCUCAGAAUGAAAUUCUAGCUAAUUCAGUGAAGGAGAAAACUGUAGAAAUAAAUGACAUGCGACAAACAUUAAAUGACAUCAAAGUGCACAGUGUAACAACUUCUAAUAUCAAUUCAUCUAAUGCUCAAACUUAUGAGGGACUCAGUUUAAAGCUUUCAGACAACACCAAACUGAUUGAGGCAGUGCAAUCUCUGAAUGAGUCUUUAUCAGCAAAACUGAAUGCUGUAGAAUGUAACUUUAAUAGCUUGUCCGCAGAGGUAGAUUCCAUAAAGAGAAGUGCAGUUGAUAUUGAUGCAACAGGUACAACACAACUUCCAGUUGAGCAAACUUUAAUUGAUACUGCUGGAAAAAGUGAUGUAAAUUUCCCAGCAUAUUUUGGUGAGCCUGAUGAAACUGAAGAUGAUGAUGAUGAUGAUGACUAUUUAGAUGCUCCUGCUGUAGGGUUCAAUGCUUGUGUUUCUGAGGAGUCAGCAACAUUUGAUUUAGUAAAAAAUGAAAUAUUAACAUGUUUCACUUCUGUGACUGAAGAUAUACAAGACAACUUUGAUUCAGAAAGUGGAAUUUUCACAGUCCCAUUUGAUGGUUUAUAUCUGUGUGGUCUAUUUAUUGAUAUCAUUACCUUUGUGCAACAUGAUUUGGAAUUCUGUAUAUAUGUCAGGGAAACUGAUGGUACUGAGACUGUUAUAGCUCAUUGUCACUGUAGACAGCGAAACAUCACUGUCAGUGAUGUUGUCAUUAAACAGCUUAGAGAAAAUGAUGAGCUCUUUGUUAGUUCAAAUCAUAGCUGUAAGAAAUUAAAGUUUAGCAAUUAUUCUCAUUUUAUGUGUGCACUAAUCAAAGAUUAGUCAAUCUAAGACUUGACAGCUACAUAAUUCAAACAAUUUAUUUUAAUUGUUCGAAGUAAUUUUAGCCAAAUCAAUAAAUGGCUAUCAAUGUUGCAUGUUAAUCAAUGAAUAAAACUCUGCCUUUUAGCUUUAAUAACAUUGUUUAUUCUUUUUUACAAAGCUUAUAUCAACUUACUCUGUCUUUCUGGUAAAAAGGGAUUCCUUUGGUUUGGUUUGGUUCCCUCAACUGAGAGGAUAGCUCUGAGGUAUUUAAAAAAACUACUUUUGGUACUGACACUUGUUAGCUUUUCACCUCCAAUACUGAUGCCCCUUUUAUUGACCUUCAGACUUGAUAAUAUGAUGUUAAUGUUAUGCAGGGCCGGUCCUAGAGGUUGCGGGGCCCUAUGUAAAAUGGAUUGUUCUGGGCCUAGUCUGGGUAGGGAUAAGGAUAAUAAGAAAAUUAAGAUUUUUUGUUUGAAAAUAAAUUCAUUUUUGCAUUUUAUUCGUAUUUUACUAAGUGCAAAAUCAAGAUCAAAUUAACUUUACGAGCCAUCUACAAUAGAAGGUAGACUUCUAACAUAAAGCCGAUGAACAUUCAGAUCUGCCUUUUAGAUUUACUAUAGACAAUCUAAAUAUCGCUUUUGAAUUUUUUUUAAAGAGAUCGAGAUAGAUUUAGAUCUAUAUUUGUAGGCCUAAGAGAGUGACUAUUAAAUUAAGUAUUGGAACUUACUGUUUUGGUUAAAAUUCACCUUAUUAAUUAAAUGAAAGCUGACAAUGCCACUUUUUUUUAUCACGAGUAGGAUUGGCGUUUUCCAUAAUGAAUGACACACCAAAAUUAGUCUUCAAUUUUGUCUAUUUUUUUUUAGAAGUUUUGAGUUUUCAGGAUAUUUUAAUAAUUUCAGGAGAUUUUCAUGACUUUUUUUGUAUAUUUUGUAAUUUCAGGAGAUUUCCAGGAGCUCCUGGAAAAUCAGGAGACCGUGGAAACUCUGUUAUAAGUAAAAAUGGUUUAAUUUAACAAUUUAUAACUAGAGUUACCUCUGGGCCUAUGAAAGUGCUGGGCCCACUGCGGCCGCAUAGGUUGCAGUGCCCUAGUGUUAUGUCGGAUUAUGAAUAGUGGGACUAUCAAGUGUCAACUUUAAUCAUGUAAAAUAUAUUUGGUCAACCACCUUAAUGUCAAUUUGUUGUUUUUAUUAUUGUUGUAAACCGUAAGCCUUUUUCAUUCCAUUAUUUAUACUUAUAUAAUGUAUUAUACUUUAUCAUUUGCAAUAAAUUUUAUGUUAUUAAUUAGAUUGUUGAAUGGCAUUGAUGUUUUAUGUGAAAGUAAACUUUAGAACAAAAAAUGUGAUGUGUAGUUAUUAUGAUAAAAAUGCAUUUUUAAAAUCUUUAUCUAUUGAAGAUUAACUUGUUAAGUUAAACUCCUAAGAACAAUUGAUGCUCGGGUAGGCAUGGUAAUCAAGUGAUUGAGGUUACCCUUUUGACCUGUAUUUUAAACAAUCAUAAUCUAAUGUUUGCAACUGUAUAAUUGAAAACUUUGUCUUGAAAACUUUGUCUUUCUCAGUUUGUGUGUUUCCAUAUUAUCAUAUUCAGUAUUGUCUGUCAGCUCCAAAAUAUUUGUCUCUUUACAAUACUGUUAUGAGGAAAUGAAUCAUUUAAGAUCUGCAAUAAAUAAGUACCUGGUGUUCUUUGCUAUAAGAACACCAUAGUUCUGUGAUACAAUUAUAAAGUUGCUUGUGCGUCAUUGAGCUUAGGCUGUUUUAAUUAAAUAUUUGUCUCUUUACAAUACUGUUAUGAGGGAACAACCAUUUAAGAUCUGCAAUAAAUAAGUAUUGUGUUCAGUGACAUGAGAACACCAUAGUUCUGUGAUACAAUUAUAAAGUUGCUUGUGAGUCAUUGAGCUUAGGCUGUUUUAAUGAAGUAACUUGUGAUUUUCUUUAGCCUAGUGGUCCAGUUGAGAAAAAAAAAAAAGCACAAUAUAGAAGAAAAAAAAAAUUUUUGCCCUCCUAAUUCUUGUACUUUUUCUUUAUGUAAAAACACACUUUACAAAACUAUCAUUGUGCAUAAUUAGGUAAAUGAAUAAAA